AUGGCAAUGCCUUCUGCUUCUAUGGUCGAGGUCAUGCACGCGACCAAUGGCCUCAGCACAGACAUCUACAGUGCCAAGUCAUCACCAGCUCGGUCGCAACAAAAAGAAAUUCUGCUAUCACAACAGGCCCAGCGACUGCUAGAUCUCGAGGCUCGAUACACUGUCGGAGGAUUCACACCUCUGCCCGGAUUCUUCGAACGAGGUUUGGGGUCCGUGCUUUGGGACGUGGAUGGCAAGGAGUAUCUUGACUUCAUCUGCAUGUUCAGUUCCAUCAACCAGGGGCACUGUCAUCCCAGGAUUGUCGCAGCUGUGAUCGAACAGGUCCAGAAGGGUGAAUAG